CUUAUUUCUUGCCUUCUCGGGUGUUGAUGGAUUACUUCAGUCCUUCUUGCCAUUCCGGCUCAUCUGGUUCCCUUGAGUGCCGGGUUCCUUUCCAGUAGUUGAUGCACAUUGAUCGUCAGUCGUAUACCUGAAAUGAACGUGUCCUUUACUCUCCACGACAACUCCGCUGAUUGGUAGCUAUAACUUGGAUCGCACAUGGCACCAUCUUGUUCGGGCGUUACCGAUUAUCUUACUUGUCAGCUUAUAGACCACUCUAAGACAAGAUGGGAGUGGGCCAGUCGACUGAGUAUGGGGGGCAGGCGUCCUCGCCAGAGGAGCUGAGCUACGUGCUUGCUGAACGGUUUGCAACUAAAUGCUUCACUCCCUUGGAGUUGACCCAUCUCAAAGACAACUUCUUCUCGCGUGCCAUUGACCAAGGCGGUCUGAAGUACUGGAAUGAGAAGACUCUCUCGGAUUUCCUAGGGAUUCCGGAUAGCAGUGAAUCCCAAUGUCCUUUGGACGCGGGCCCCGUGAUCUUCCGCAUGGUCUCGUACCUUGGGGCAUUUCCUUUCCAAAAUACUCUUGCUCCAAGUGUGCUAACAUUUGAGGCUAUGGUGAAAGUCGUUGUUUUGCUGACUGAGCGAUACGGGAAAGUCCUAAGACGUGCGCGCAGGGAUAGGAUACGGCUGCUUUUCGGAAGCCUUGCUGACGUUGGAAGAAAGAGCGUUGAGCAGCAGAAUAAUGGUGAUGAAGUCCGCGAGAAUACUGAUGCACCUGCGCCGAGCUCCCAUGUCCCAGGGUUUGCGAUCGAUGAGCCGGCCAACGAUGAUUAUGAGGACGAGGAGGACGAUGACCUAGCACUAGCUGCUCUGGAAUCCUUGGAUGCCAUCGAGGUCUUUAAGCACGACUCGCGCAUGGACAGGGCUGUCUACGAAGCUCGGAUAUCUGCUGACACGCUCCGUCGCCUCUUGAUGCUCCUAAUAGUUAUUUCGCCCUUAAAGCCUCUUGAGCCCGUAAAGACAUACACAUCCGAUCUAAACGAAGAGCGCAUGGAAGCAGUUCAAUCGGAGGCCGAUAGCAUCAUGGCAGCGUUCAACCAUGAGCCUUCUGGCGGAAUAAGUUAUAAGGAGUUUGCUCGGACCGUGACAUCUUCAUUUCCGUAUCUUUUCGAUCCUCUGACACCGCUGUUCGAGCAUCUCCUUUUCAGCAGAAAUCUGAAUCUAUCCCAAAAACGCAACAGGGCCGAUUCUGCGGCAUCAGAGCCUGUCGAAGAAGCCCCAGAAGAUGAUCUACCUUCACCCACAACAAUCACACUCCCGGGUAGCUUUGAAUCUGUGAUUCUUAACCCGAGCGUCAUCUCACAUCUGUCCUUCUUCCUCCCCUCAUCCUCGGAAAGCCUAAACUUCCUCCGCGGCAAUGUACGCCUGCACCCAGUCUUCUCAACCGUGGCGCAUGGCUCCUCUUUAACCUCCUUCUCUCACCACGUGCUCACCUGGUCCUCGGGCACUCUUCUCGUGCUCGAGGGAACCAAACCAGGCGGCGAAAUGGUGACCAUUGGGGCCUACCUACCACAGCCAUGGAAAUCACCAACCUCCACCCAGACCAGCUCCAAGUUCUCCAACUCCGUCCUCCCAUGUCUCUUCCAGCUCUCGCCAAAACACAUGCUCCUGCAAGGGAACCCCUCCUCAUCCAUCCAACAACAAUCAAAUACUCCAGCCGCCUACUUCUCCACCAGCUCAGGUAUAUCACUAGGCUGUCAAAUCCCCCCUUCGUCGCGCAGCAAUAAAAAGCCCCCCACUCCGCACGGGGCAGGCAGCUUAACCAUCGACGUCAGCCUCGAGACUGCACAAUUCUACGUCUCUCCUGUCGUGCGCAACGGCGUCUUCCUGCCCCCACCUCCGGGCUCUACCCCAGAUACCACCGUCAAAACCACCAUCGAGAUCUACAACCUAGAAGUCUGGGGUCUGGUGCCCGACCCCACAACCACGUCCGCAGAGGGCGGAAAAAGCGCCGUUGAGUUACAGCAGGCGAAAUGGGACUUUGAAGCUCGGGAAGCUGAGCGGCGGCGCAACGUGAAUUUGAAGACAGGAGGCAGUGCCGCAGAAGAAAGCGCCAGAUGGUUACUGGAAACCGCAGGACUAAUCGGAGACGGCGCAGGACGACGUGCAGGAGGAAGUGUCUAACCAUAAACCUUGAAGUAAAACAAACCCUGAGAAGAUAGUAAUAAUAGUACUAGUUCGCAAUCGAGUUC